AAUUACCCGCCUUUCAUUUCGUCGAACGUCCCCUUUUUGGGACACGCGAUUACAUUUGGGAAGAAUCCUAUCGAAUUCUUGGAAAACGCCUAUGAAAAAUACGGUCCUGUAUUUAGCUUCACAAUGGUGGGGAAGACGUUUACAUAUCUCCUGGGUAGUGAUGCUGCUGCUCUUCUGUUCAACAGUAAAAAUGAAGACUUGAAUGCAGAAGAUGUGUAUUCACGUCUAACCACACCUGUCUUUGGCAAGGGAGUAGCUUAUGAUGUACCCAACCCAGUAUUUCUGGAACAGAAGAAAAUGCUUAAAACCGGGCUGAACAUAAGCCAGUUUAAAAGCCAUAUACCAAUAAUUGAAAAAGAAACAAUGGAAUAUUUUAAAACUUGGGGGGAAAGUGGAGAGAAAAACUUGUUUACAGCACUUUCAGAACUAAUAAUUUUGACAGCAAGUCACUGUUUACAUGGGAAGGAGAUAAGAAGCAUUCUCGACGAGAAGGUAGCACAGCUCUAUGCCGAUUUGGAUGGGGGAUUUUCUCAUGCAGCUUGGCUUUUGCCAGGCUGGCUGCCUUUGCCCAGCUUCAGGCGCAGAGAUAGAGCCCACAAUAAGAUAAAGUCCAUUUUUUACGAAAUAAUUCAGAAACGACGGAAGUCUUCGGCAAGAGAGGACGACAUGCUUCAAACACUGCUGGAUGUUACCUACAAAGAUGGUCAUUACCUAUCAGAUGAUGAAAUUGCUGGGAUGCUUAUUGGGCUGCUGUUGGCAGGUCAGCACACAUCUUCGACUACAAGCACUUGGCUUGGCUUCUUUUUGGCUAGAGAUAAAUCAAUCCAGGAACGAUGUUAUGGGGAGCAAAAAGCAGUGUGUGGGGAAGACUUGCCUUCAUUAAGCUAUGACCAGCUCAAAGAUAUGACUUUAUUGGAACUUUGCUUGAAAGAAACAUUAAGACUUCGACCUCCUAUAAUGACUAUGAUGAGGAUGGCUAAAACUCCCCAAACAGUUGCUGGGUAUACAAUUCCACCUGGUCAUCAAGUUUGUGUAUCUCCCACUGUCAAUCAGAGACUUAAGGAUUGUUGGACAGAAAAUGUAGAUUUCAAACCAGAGCGUUAUCUCCAAGAUAACCCCGCAGCUAAAGAGAAGUUUGCGUAUGUGCCGUUUGGUGCUGGUCGUCAUCGUUGUAUUGGAGAGAACUUUGCUUAUAUUCAAAUUAAGACAAUCUGGUCAACGCUUCUGCGUUUGUAUGAAUUUGAUUUGGUGGACGGUUAUUUCCCUACCAUAAAUUAUACAACCAUGAUCCAUACACCCACUAACCCUAUCAUUAGAUACAAAAGGAGAUAAAACAGCACAACAUAGCUUCUUGCAGCUGAACUGCAGGGACAUUUCUGUACAAGUUAUGUGAAGACAGUUAAAAGGAGUGGCUGUUCCUAGCCUAUAGUAUUGUGAAGAAAUGUGGAAAGUUUGUGCUAUUGGGAGUACUAAGUGGGGGGUGGGGAUGUUUGCUUCUUAUGUUCCUAUCAUUUCUUACCCUGUACUUCUGAUUCUGUAAUGUGAAUGUGUUCUAAUAUAUGUGCCUUUUAAAAGAAAACUAUUAAUCUUUGGUAGGUUUAGAAAUACAAACCACAGUUUUUUAAAAUGUAAAUGUGAUUAAUGAGAAA